AUACGUGUUGUCGGUCAGCUGGUCAUUUACAUACUGCGGAAUGAUGUUAGUUUGUAUUUGUGUGGAUUUCACUGAGCACUCGUGGAAUUUAUGUGUGGUUACACAACAGAUGUUUGGAUAAUAAACGUACUUUGCAUUGUUAGAAAAAACUCACGUGCGUGUUGCAUAUACAGGAAGUGUUAAAACAUCACAUGCUUUUAAAAAUCUAUAAUACGGAAUUUCUUUACUGAAACUGAGGGACUUCGGAUAAGGAAUGGCACUGUGUUUCUUGGAUCCUCAUGUCAUGUGAUUACGGGAAAUCGCCAUGGAGGAGCUGGAUCCAGAGGAGCUUUUCCUCAAGGAUGCCAGGAACGGGAACUUAGAGGGUAUCCAAAGGCUUUUGAUGUCCAAAAUAAAAGAAGAGACCAAAAUCGACAUCAAUUGCAAAGGCAAGAGCAAAUCUAACCAUGGUUGGACGCCUCUCCAUCUCGCCUGUUAUUUUGGACACAAAGAUGUUGUCGAGGUGUUAUUGAAGGCUGGAGCCGAUGCAAAUUUGCCAAAUAACGUUGGAGACACCCCUCUUCACAAAGCGGCAUUUACUGGGAGAAAGGAGGUUGUAAUGCUGCUUCUUCGGCACGACGCCUGUGCUUCUGUCAUCAAUGGCAAUGCAGAGAUUCCUAAAGACGUCACCCAGAGCGCUGAGAUCAGAAGCAUGUUAGAGGCUGCGGGAAGAACCGAGGAGAGGAUUCUAGAGGAGCAGUUGUUAGACGCCGCUCGGGAAGGAACCGUAACUACCCUCACCAGACUGUUAAACAUGAAGAAACCCCCCAAUAUAAACUGCAGAGAUCUGCUAGGCAACACACCGCUGCACUGCGCUGCUUACAGGGGACAGAAAGAGUGCGCCAUUAAACUUCUGCAGCUCCGGGCCGACCCGUAUAUCAAAAACAAUAACGAUCAGACUGUGUUUGACUUGGCUAGUGAUGCAGAGUUGAAGCAGAUCAUUACAAGCAACAUUAUGAAAGGCAUUACACGACGUGUCGAAACAUUUGAGGGAACUCUUUACAAGAGUUCGAGGUUUUUUGGAUGGCGCUCACAUUGGGUGGUUCUUCAAGAUGGGGUCUUAUCAUGGUACCCUAAACAGUCAGAUGCUGAUUCAAAUACACGAAGGCAAGGUUGCAAACCUUUAACGCAGGCUCAGUGCAUGAUCAACGCGACAGAUAACUGCUAUUUCACAGUCAAAUGCUUUGACGACAGCAUUCACCAUUUUAAAGUAUCACCCAAGAAUGACCCUGAAGUCACCAGAAAGAAAUGGUUGGAGGCCAUAGAGAAACAUUCAGCAUUUAGCACACAUUACUGCUCGCAAGACUCGGACAGCGAGGAAGAAGAGGAUCGCGGCAUGCCUUUGGGCGAACUGUCCGAAUCGUUGCAGCGGGCCGAGUCCAGUCAUCAAAAGUUGGAGACGGAGAUGUUGACUCUCCUGUCCAUGGUGAAAGAGGACGGACUUGCCGAACGGUUUCCUUCUGCGAUUGUUCAGAAGCUAAAAGAGGUCUGUGAAGCCUCCAAUGAAACCUGCUCCUCAUUGCAACAGUGUAUGGGGCUUUUUUCCAAACAGGAAGGGGCACGCAGUUUGAAACUGGAGCAUGAGGUGGAGAAGAAUGAAAUCCUGUCGGAGGCUUUGCAGACCCUGGCCACAGAACAUCACGAGUUGGAGCAGUCGCUGGUCAAAGCAUCAUCUCCACGCAACGCUCUCAGCGAAGACGAGUUUUACGAUGCUCUGUCUGAUUCAGACUCGGAGCCUGUGGUGAGCGGAUUUGAGACGGCCGGUAACUCGUACGAAGACGAGGAGGGCGGCAAGCUCCACCGCAGCUUCCGAAGUCGUCUUGACCGCAGGAUGUCCCGGGAAGACCGCCGUGGUGGUGGUAUUGAGAAGGAAAAUGAUGAUGAUGAAGGGUCAAGGGUUAAUGGAAUGAGGAAACACAGGAGUAGUUUGCCAGCACCCAUGUUUUCCAGAAAUGACUUCAGUAUCUGGAGCAUACUGAGGAAGUGCAUUGGGAUGGAGCUGUCUAAGAUCACCAUGCCCGUCAUUUUUAAUGAGCCGCUGAGUUUCUUGCAGAGGCUUACUGAAUAUAUGGAGCACACGUAUCUCAUUCACCAGGCUAAUGAAUCAAAUGAUUCUAUUGAGAGAAUGAAGAGUGUGGCAGCGUUUGCCGUCUCAGCCGUGGCGUCUCAGUGGGACAGGACGGGAAAACCCUUCAACCCACUGCUAGGAGAAACAUACGAGCUAGUAAGGGAUGAUCUCGAUUUUCGGUUAAUAUCAGAACAAGUGAGUCACCAUCCGCCUGUCAGUGCCUUCCACGCCGAGGGUUUGCAGAAGGAUUUCGUUUUCCACGGUUCGAUCUACCCCAAACUGAAGUUCUGGGGUAAGAGCGUGGAGGCGGAGCCAAAGGGCAUCAUCACUCUAGAACUUCCAAAGCAUAACGAGGCGUACACAUGGACGAACCCCACGUGUUGUGUCCACAACAUCAUCGUGGGACAGCUGUGGAUCGAACAGUAUGGAAAUGUGGAGGUCAUUAACCACAGGACCGGUGAAAAAUGCUGCUUAAAUUUCAAACCCUGUGGACUUUUUGGGAAGGAAUUGCACAAGGUUGAAGGUUACAUCUUGGACAAGAGCAAGAAGAAAGUUUGCGUCCUUUACGGGAAAUGGACCGAGUGCAUGUACAUAGUCGACCCGGCUGCGUUCGAAGCUCACAGGAAGAACGCUAAAAAAACGGCAGAGGAUAAAAAAAGCAGCAAGCAGACAUCGGGUGAUGCUGAAGAAACGCCUCAACCGGGUGGAGAUUCAUUGGAGGUGAUACCAGGCAGUCAUUUACUGUGGAGAAUAGCACCACGACCAGCCAACUCCACCCAGAUGUACAUCUUCACUACAUUCGCAAUGCAACUCAACGAGCUGGACAAAGAAAUAGAAGACGUGAUUCCUAAAACAGACAGCAGAUUGAGACCUGACAUAAGAGCAAUGGAAAACGGAGACAUUGACUUGGCCAGCGAGGAGAAAAAGAGGCUGGAGGAGAAGCAGAGAGCCGCUCGUAAGAGUCGCUCAAAGUCAGAUGAAGAGUGGAAGUCAAGAAACGUCGCUUCUGGCCCCAGGUGGUUUCAUCAGGGUCCAAAUCCGCACAACGGCUCUCAGGACUGGCUGUUCUCCAACAACUACUGGGAUCGUGAAUAUUCCCAAUUACCGGACAUAUACUGACCCAAGUAGCCCUGCAUUGUUUUAGCUAUGUGGUGGUUUGCCAGGUGAAAAGUAGCAAGUUGCAAAUUCACUUUAAUAUUUAUAGAGACUUAUUCCAUUUUACACUUAUAUUUUUCUUAAUUAUGCCAUGAAAAUAUUUAAAUGCUGCAUAACAAAGUCUUUUAGGAUCCACAGAUUUAUAACAUAUUAAAGUAUGGCAUAAAAGCUAUUAUGUGCAAUUUUCCCAAAGAGAAAAUUAUGCUAUAAGCUUAUUAAAAGUAUGCACCUUUAGGGGCCGUUCACAUCUCGGGCCUAAAAAUGCCUGGUAGGUUCUCAUAACAUGACCUGCGGUGCGCUUGCGGCAUUCUGAAAAGUUGAAAUGUUUUUAACUCGAUGCGGUGCAGACGCGCCUGGUAAAAACGUGUGCGUUGCGAUUAGGAGCGCGCAUACAUUUGAAAUAAUGAACUUGAGCACGCAAAAGAUGCGAUAUGUGAACGGCCCCUUAGGGUGUCCCACAGGGCUCGAGUAUUGGCCCUAUUCUUUUUCUGGUCAAUUUUAAUUUGACAAGUUUUUAUUUCUAAGUUUGUAACAUUCUCAUUGUGUUGAGAGUGGAGUAUGGCAUAAAAAUAACAUUAUUGUUUAUAAAAUGACUGUUACAGGUUUGGAUUUGACCAUUUGUAAUACAAAUUAAAAGCUCACAUUCUGCACAUGCAAAGUAUGCACAGUAUUAGGACAGGAGAUGUAGAUUUUAUUUUUAUCUUUGUUCUAACUAAUAUAUUGACUAAUAUCUUGUUAAUUUAUUUUAUAACAUAUUCCAGUUAUGUAUUUACAUUGCAUUUGCCGUUUUAGUUGAUUUUAACAUGUGUUUUAAGUGGAAAGUGAAGUGUGUUCGUGUUCACACCAGAACCAAAAUCAUAUCAAACGAAUCUGAUAAUGUUGAACAUUUUAACAGCGUGAACUGCAAACAAAGUUACAUUUGGAUCAUAGUCUUGCAUUUAUUUUCGUGUGUGCAGAUGUGUUGUUGUGCGUGCAUAUUUUUUUAAAGAUGCACUAUAAAAAAAUAAGCAGAAUAACUUUGUACAUACAAGGCAUUAAUGUUGUGUGUGUAUAUCACAUAUAAAAAAAAUAAAAUUGUGAAAU